AUGGUACUGCCCCCCAAAAUGAGGCCACUGCUGUUGUUCCUGAUGUCCCAGAUGGCCAUCUUCAUUCUAUACAUCCAUUUGUACAACCACAACUUCAACUCCCUGUCCACGAGGGAGGAGCCCAAGCCCAUGCACGUGCUGGUCCUGACUUCCUGGCGCUCUGGCUCUUCUUUUGUGGGGCAGCUUUUUGGACAGCACCCAGAUGUCUUCUACCUGAUGGAGCCCGCCUGGCACGUCUGGAUGACCUUCACACAAAGCACCUCCAGGAACCUGCAUAUGGCGGUGCGGGAUCUGAUACGGUCCAUCUUUCUGUGUGACAUGAGCGUCUUUGAUGCCUACAUGAAACCUGGUCCCCGAAUACAGUCCAGCCUCUUCCAGUGGGAAACCAGCCGGGCUCUGUGUUCCCCGCCUGCCUGCGACGCCUUCCCAAGGGAUGCCAUCAUACCACAGGCUCAGUGCAAGAUCCUAUGCAGCAGACAGCCCUUUGAGAUGGUGGAGAAGGCCUGCCGCAACUACAGCCACGUGGUGCUCAAGGAGGUGCGCUUCUUCAACCUGCAGGUGCUCCACCCGCUGCUGAGGGACCCUUCCCUCAAUCUGCACAUCGUGCACCUGGUUCGGGACCCCCGGGCGGUGUUCCGUUCCAGAGGACGCACCACAGCAGAACUCAUGAUUGACAGCCGAAUUGUGAUGGGACAGAAGCAGCAGAACCUCAAGGAGGAGGACAAACCCUACUAUGUGAUGCAGGUUAUCUGUCAAAGCCAGAUGGAGAUCUAUAAGGCAGUGCAGACCUUGCCCAAAGCACUCAAGCAGCGCUACCUGCUCAUGCGCUAUGAGGACCUGGUCCAGAACCCCCUGGCCCAGACUGCCCGGAUGUAUAAACAUGCAGGGUUGAAAUUCUUGCCACACCUCCAGGCCUGGGUACACAACAUCACUCGAGGCAAGGGCACGGGUAGCCAUUCCUUCAAAAUAGAUUCCAGGGAUGCCCUCAGUACCUCCCAGGCCUGGCGCCAGUCCUUGCCUUAUGAAAAGGUUUCUCGGCUUCAGACAGUCUGCGGUGAUACCAUGAACUUGCUGGGCUACCGCCAGGUCAGAUCUGAGCAAGAGCAGAGAAACCUGUCGCUGGGUCUUCUGUCUACCCGCAUCCCUUGA